AUGAUUUUAGAAGAAUUAGUUGGAACUCUGGUCUCGCUUGGUUCUCUAUUGAUCACACAAGUACCAAACAUAUCUCGCGAAAAUCUACUACGAUAUCACUGGCUUAUAUUCGAGGGAUGUCCCGAAGACGAUGAGCUACAACAAGGACUGAUACACCGCGAGUAUGAAACCGAUGAACAAACAGAUUUACCAUAUUACGAAGAGUUAAAUGUAUCUGUUUCGACCAACGGCGAAAAUCGGUCGAAUCGUGGUGUUUGCGAAUCAUUGCGUAGAAGCUUUCAAGUAAAUUUUGCCUUACUGCUUGCCGUAGUUUUUCUGGGACUGGUCACAAUUACUUUAGUUUAUGUUGAUUUGAAUACAACUAAUUCCUGUAUCGCAUGGCGACAUUAUAAUCACAGUGUACCUUCAACCACGAAAGUGCUACAAAUUAUCGGCACGUCACUUACUGCUCUACCGCUCUAUCUAUGGUUUCCAGUAAGUGCUGCGAUGUUGUGGGGCUUUAAGGAGCUGAGAAAGAAUUAUAUGUCCUGUUUCUUUGCGUCUUGUUUCACAGCAACUAUCACGAUGAUAUAUAGAGCUGUUUUAUUUGAUCAGUACUCAACGACGACUUUUAAAUACAGGUAUGACAAUCCUUCAGUUGAAAUUUGUACUCUCCCAGAGCCAUAG